GCGUCCGCGAUUGCGACACUGUACCAAGCAGGACUUAUACCUGUUUUCACUUCCACCAACCUAUUCAUCACAUUUGUAGAACACAUCCCUCUUCGGACCUCGACACUAAUUGACCGAACAUGUCUACCGCACCCAAAUGCAUACUACUCCAACAAGUUCCACUCGAAAUCCGACUCCGCAUCUACGAAUUCGUUCUGGCACAAGAUGAAGCAAUACAACUCACAUAUUCCGAGGCCUCACACAAGCUCAUUCGCACAAGACCUUUACCGCUUGGUCCGUUGACUUGUUUGAAUUUACUUCUGGUCUGCCAUCGAAUCCGAUUCGAAGCUGCUCAAGUCUUCACAUCGAUCAACAAGUUGAAGCUCAUCGUUCCACUUCUCGGACAAUAUUUGAAACUCGUCCAAGGUCAAGGAGUCUGCGAUGAAAGCUUAGUACCUGCACUGGAUGUUCUGACUACUUGGCUGCGAUGGUCUGCGGAUAGGUCCACUCGGGUCGAAAUUCAGCUUGGGUGUUGGUUCACGUGGUGGGAGAGGUCGACUGCGGAUGUGGUUGCGUCGGCGAUGAAGAAGCUUCUGACUGCUGUUAAGAGUGGAAAUGCUAAAGUGACAGUCGCGAUGUCGGUCAACUGGACGGCGACUCCUGGUAUUCACGGUUGCUUUGACGUCGAGCUUCCGCUUUGGAACCUGGCAGAGGGACGUCGACGAAUCGAUGAGCGUAUCGAUCGGCAAAGAGAGCAGAUUCACACUCUCGUGCACCAAUUCUGUCUCCGGGAGAAUAUCAGCACGUGCCAGAAAAAGUUCGACCACCUAUUCCAUUGUCUUGACGAGUUUCAAACCCGAGAUGAAUCGCUGGGAUUGAAUUGAUAGAGGUAAAUAUCGACAGCGACGAACCUGGUCAACCAGAAUGAACGGCGAUAUAUACAGCGCUUGCUUCUGAACAAAUGUGCGAGACCAACAGUACUACCAUACGCUAUCAUGCAAGGGAUUUACCACUUCGUCCAUACAACGACCGGAUCAUCGCCCACGGUCCUUGCCCCACCUCAGCGCACUUUGUCGUGGACGAGAAUCGCCCUCAGAUGAUUGAGCGGGCGUUCUAGGCUCGUCCGCAAAGCGUAUGCCGCGAG